AUGUUAAGCUCUCGAGGUCUUCUUGGUGAUCAAGGAAUAAAAAAUUUAGAAUUUUGUGAACACUACAUUUUCGGAAAGCAAAAGAAGGUCGGUUUCUCCAUUACCUCUCAUCGUACACAUGGCGUGCUCGAUUAUAUUCACUCCGACUUGUGGGGACUAUCAAAGGUUCCAUCAUUUACCGGGAAAAGAUACCUUAUGACAUUGAUUGAUAAUUUUUUCCGGAAAAUUUGGGUGUAUUUCUUGAGGCGGAAGGAUGAAGCUUUCGACACUUUCAAGAAGUGGAAAGCUUUUGUGAAGAAUCUUACGGGAUUAUGGAAUCGGCGUGAUUUGUGGGCUGAAGUUGUUUCAAAGUUGUGUAUUUGUUCAGCUGCAGGUUCGAAAUCCUUGUCAAAUGACCAACAGCAAUCUGGAGAGAAGGUGGAGUUACCAAUGAUGUUCCGACCCACUGCUGAUGUUUCUAACUCUUCUGACCUGCAAGUUGAUGAAUCUAGUUCGAGUACCACAUUGAAUGCUCCGGUGAGACAUGAUACAUACUCAAUUGCCAGAGAUUGUCCGAGGAGACAAAUUCAUCCUCAUUCCAGAUUUUUAGAGGAUUAUGCGGUGGCAUAUACUCUGUCCGUGGCACAAUAA